GCUGUGAUAUAUUUAGAAUUUGAUCGCUGAUUAAUUACGUACCAAGUAUUUUCCGAAACUACUCUAUCACAUAUGAUAUUAAAUUUAUUAUUAUUUAAACUAGAACGAAGCCUUCCUGACCUCAAAACGUAUUUGGUAAAAACAUACUAAUAUACUCAUACAUGCCUAUACUGAUAAAAUUUUAGAAUUAGUUCUAUUAUUAGACAAAUAAUUAGUCAGUUAUUUAAUUUUGAGCUUGUAGCCUAAAAUCUAAAAGUAAAAGCCGCCAGGCCAAGGCUAAGUUACUGCUAAGCCUAGUUAAAAAUAAAAUCAAGUAAAAAAUGCCUACAAUUUUACUAAAUGAAGCCUAAGCUACUAAAACUAAGUGGGCCUAAGUGUGCGGGUUCGCACAAAAACCCUAGAUACACCACUGUUGUGUUAGAAAUAUUAGUACUGUGACUGUGAGGAGUGCUUUGCUCCUGACUGAAACUUUCUCUUACUAAACUUAUUUAAAUAAACGUAUUAAGUUUUAUGAAGUCUAGUUUUACUAUUUACACAAAUUGAUUGUUUUCUUAUACUUAUUAAUAAUUAAUCUAUUUAGACUUAAGAAACCUUUAUAUAAUAUAUAUAUAUUAUUUGAUUAGGAGGUCAAAAGACCUGGCUUUUGCAAACAUUUUUGAGACAAUUUGUUUGAGUGAAAAUGAAAAGCAGUAAAAGUAAAAAAAAAUAUAUAUUUUAUAGACUAAGUCUAAAACUAAAAGUUAAUAUUUUAGGAGCUGCAUGUGGGGCCGAUUAUUUAAAUUUUAAAUUAAAGAUUAAAGGUAAGAGUGAUUAUUAUAAAAAGAGCUGUAUUUAUUCCAGAGCUGCAAGUUGUCAAAACACUGGCCUAGUCAGCCUACUAAGUCAUAGUAAUAGUAAAACUUUAGGCUUCAGUACUGACAAAAGUGAGGUAAGCAUAAGUAACAAUAAUAAGCUCAUUAACAAAAACACAAUUACAAAUUUCUGAAUGAGUGGCAAUUUCAGUCAUCAGAGUUAAUUAGUUAAAAUUAGGCCUAUAUUGAAUUACAACAUGUGCCAAAAGUAACAGUAAUGAAACACCCGCACCUGCAACGUGUUCACAGAAAUGAAAUGAUAGGUUUGGCAUUUGUUUUGGAAAUAGGGUUCUUGACAGAGGAAAGCAUAGAUCUAUUUACCGUUGAGUAUUAUUAUUUUCCGCCAACGUAAGUGAUCGUAAUGUUUAAUUGUGUUUGAAAAAUGGUGGUAGAACAAAGCCAAGAGAUAUUUAAAAAGAUGACACCAAAUAAAACAAUUCUGGAAAGGUACUCUGUCAAUGGAAGAGAAGGUCUGAUAGACCAGUUAGUGAAUUUAACUUUUCUUGGAGAAACAUAUGUUCCUAUAAAAAUCUUGAUCCUCGCACACUAGGAGCACACAUUUUCCACAAUACAUCAUGUUCAACAUGGAUCCGAUGUGAAAAUGCACCUAUAUCUUAAACUUAAACAGUUGGUAAAUGGACAUAUCACCGAUGUUCAGUUUCAAAGAUAUUUGUCGUAGGAGCAAAUAGAGCGCCUGGAGAACAUUUGCUCAAUUCACAUUUAUCAAAACACUUCCUGGUUGUGCGGACUUCCCAUUUCAUUGAAACAGUACAUUUCCGGGAUGGCGAAAGCUUGUAACAAUAAACAGCACAGUGUUACUUUGUGCUGUCUUAUUAAAUUUCUCUCGGAAUUGUUCUGCCAACUUUUUACAAACAUGGUCUUGCUUUCCAAUUUUAAUCACUUAACGUAAUAGCUAAAAAUUAUGCUGAAUUAGGAAUAUUUUUUUCCCAUUUGAGAGGCCCAUUUCCAACUACUGCCCAUCGUAUCAUCCUUUUCACUUCUAGCAACACAUAGAAGAUUAGAGCUAUACACCGGUAAAAAACAAAAGUACACGUUCAAAAUGCAGGUUUCAGUAAUGUUACUUUUGUUGCUUACUGUAUAUAAAAAGGAUGUGGCUAUUUGGACCCGUGUCAGAGAAGAGAGAGUUUAGGUUUAUUAAAAAAUAUUUAAAAAUUAUUGUUGGGUUUGUAAGACAAAAUUUGGUAUCAAAUGGAAGAUAAUUGAAUGGACUAUAUGUUUGUAAACUUACUUCUUAAGUUUAACUAAAAUAAACUACCACAAAUGAGAUCCAAAUACCAUUUAGUCAAAAUGGAACCGGAAACGCAUCACCGCUAUUCGGACCCAGGUCCCUUUAGAAUAAAUCUGGAUUUAAAUAAAUGAGAAAUUCUCAUUUUAUCAUUCUAAUUUUGUUGUGCUCCAAUAAAAUAAAGCUGAGGAUAUAUACAAUGGGUAGAAGGCUACUUACUACUCCAGGAAAGACUUAACACAGCCUGAUUACUGAAAACAAAAUUGACAUCUUUAAAAAAAAGUACCCCCACCCCUUCCCAAAACAAUCGCACACACACGUUUUGCAAUAAUUUAUGUUAACUUCAAAGUUUCUAAAAUGAAGUGAAAGGCCCCUAAUAUUUAAAUAAGUUUAUUGCUGCAAUUCAUUAUCUGUAAAUUAAAUCCCCAUCAAGUUUCCUCACUAUGACAUUACUUUAAAUGAAUGUUCAAUGAAAUGAAUUUACUUCUGUUUAAUUUUCAAGAUGUGAUCCCGAAUUCCACACUGUAGUAAAAAAAAAAUUGUCACAAACCUAAAAUUACUUUAAAAAAUCUGACUACUUUCACAUGAUUUAAUAUAAUUUACUAACGUCACAUAUAUUUAUAAUUUUUGAAUAUUUGUUGGUUAACAAAAAAUCUUACUGUUAUCCCAUGCUUUCCUCAGAUACAUCAAUUAGAAGAGGAUAGAAAGUUUGUUACCAUCAGUUGCUUUAAAAUUCAUCAUGAGCAGUGGUAAGUGAAGUGAAAAAAAAAGACACCUGCAUGAAUGUUUUUUUAUGAGCAUUUUAGACUUGGGAAAACAUUUUCAUCAGGAUUUUUUGAAAAACAAUGAUAUUUGAAAAUUAGCAACAUUUUUACCUGCAACCAAAGAUUUUCAUCAAAGUUAUGUUUCUUCGAGAAAGCAAAGUUGGAAACAUAAUUCCUAUUUCCAAACACUAAAGUUUGCUAAAUUCCAUUUUGUAUGUUGCCGAUCAUCUGUGCCCCAAGGUCUGCCCAUGUCGUACUCUUAACCCAUGCUACGCAUAGACACACUACCAUUCUAUUUGUUAGAUAACUGCUCUUGAUUUCAGAUUUUUUUUAAUGCCCACUAUCAAUAGGUUACCACACUUUUAUGAACCUAGCCCUAUUUUUUCUCAUCUAAUUAGAAAUUUUACAUUAACUUUUCAAAGAACGCUGUAAAAUAGUAUUCCAGUUUUUUUAAACGCACUUAUUGUACUUAUAAAUGUCAAACAGUAUGUUUUCUUUCAUGAUUUAAAAAAAAAAUUCUUUAUGUUUUGUUUUUUAAACUAAUUUUGGUGACUCAAAUGAACAAACUGAGGUUUCAAAUCAUUUCAGAAGCCUUUUUUGAAAUUAUUGUAAAAUUACAAUUAAUAUCAGAGUGUUAUUCUUCUUCUUAUCCGUUAUCACUUCCAAUGGAGCAUAGACAAGCCUCAGUAAUUUUCCAUCUGUCCCUUUCCUGGGCCAUCUUUGCUAGUUCAGCCCAGCUUUUCUUCAUUCUCUUCACCUCUGUCUCUACUCCCCUCUUCCAUGUGGCCCUUGGUCUUCCUUUUUUCCUGGUACCCUGAGGAUUCCAGUUCAGGGCCUGUCUUGUGAUGUUAGUGUUUGGUGUCCUUAAUAUGUGCCCUAUCCAUCUCAAGUUUUCUUAUUUUUGUCUCCGUUUCCGCUGGAACACUUGAUGUUCUCUCCCAAAGGACAGUGUUACAAAUUUUGUCAAACCAUCUUAUUUUGAGGAUCCUUCACAAGCAUCUGUUUGUAAAAACCUGCAGUUUUUAAUGUUUGUUUUUGUUGUACUCCAAGUUUCACAGCCAUACAGAAAAAGUGUCUUUACAAUUGAGUUGAAUAUUUUUAACUUUGUUUUUGUCAGUAUUUCACUUGAGUUCCAGUUGUUUCGCAGGGCAUUGAAUGCUCCUCUGGCCUUUUGGACCCUAGACUUUAUGUCCUCAUCUGUGCCACCAUUUUUAUUUAUGAUGCUUCCAAGGUAUGUAAAAUUCUCAAGAGAGGCUCCUCUCAGGUUAAUCCCAAUGACUCCAUCAUCCACUGCAUUUAUUUUUAAGUUAUAAUUUUCUCUUUAUUUAUGCUAAGUCCAACUUCCUGGGAUCCAGAGUCACGUUUUGUUGUUUUCUCCUGCAUUUAUUUAUGUGAUAAAAGUGCAAUGUCAUCUCCAAAAUCCAAAUCCUCCAACUGUCUGAAAGGUGUCCACUGGAUUCCAUUAUUCCCAUCCUGUGUUGUUUCUCUCAUGAUCCAGUCAAUGGAUAACAAAAAGAGGAAUGAUGAGAACAGGCAUCCCUGUCGAAGUCCAGAUUUUAUCAUGAAUGGGUUAGUGAGUUCACCUUCAUGUAUAACCCUGCAGCUCAUAUCCUUGUAUGUGUUCUUUUGGGGAAUACCAUAAUGUCUUAGUAGUUUCAGACUGUAUCUCUGUCUAAGCUGUCAAAUUCUUUUUCGAAGUCGACAAAAUUUAGGUACAAUGAUGCAUUCCACUUCAAGCACUGUUCCAUGAUUAUGUGCAGGGUUGCAAUUUGGUCAGUACGUGAUCUGUUUUCUCUAAAACCAGCCUAUUCUUCUCUUAGUUUGCAGUCAAUCACUUUUUUUUAUUCUCUGCAGAAUAAUUCUAUUUAGUAUUUUUCCUGACACAGAAAGAAGCAUGAUUCCUCUAUAGUUUCAACACUCUUGGAUCUCCUUUCUUUGGAAUUUUGACCAAGUAUCCUUCUCUCCACUCCAAUGGGUAUCUUUCCUUUGUCCCAGAUAGUCACAAUUAGCUGGUGAAGUAUGCUUGAUGACAUAACACUGAUGAUUGUCAUGUCGUCAUCAGAUUAUUAUAAUACCCACUAUUUUGUGGGCCAUUUUAAUUAAUUCUGGUUUUCUAAUUGAUUUGCAUUUUUUCUUAAUGGCUAUAACAAGUAUCAAACUACUAGAACUCAUGGUAUAUUAAUGUUUAUACGAAUUAUCAAAUAACUAGCAUUCAAUGUAAAAUUUUGCACUGUCAGUAAUUAAAAAAAAAAACUAUAGAAAUUAUUGAAAAUAUUCAAAUGUACUCUAUUAAUUGGAGAGUCAACAUGCUUUGAAAUAAAAUGCAAUAGGAGUAUUUUGCUUGAAAAAUUUAGAUGAGUUUUACAUCAUUUGAAUUCUAUAUGCUUAAAAGGUGAUCAAGUUGAUGCCCGAGGUGAGGCUGCAGGAGGAGAAGACAAUACAGAUGCACUACCCCGGCAUCCACCACAGCCCUCAGGGUAUGUUGACUAUUUGCAGUAAAUUUCCUGAAUUUAUUUUUAAAAUAAAUGAGUGAAACUGCACUACAAUGUUUUAAAAAUAAUCAUUUUUGCAUGCCUAGUAAUUGAUUGAAAAUUAAUAAUAAUAAUAAAAGCAUGUGUUCCAUAAAAUUUAGUUUCAACCAAAAAGCAGCAAUUGAAGUCCUAAGGCCACAGAUGGCCCAUCCCUGCAAUAGACACUGAUUACCUAAUGAGUUAUUGAUGCAUACAUAGGAGGAAAAGUUAUAAUUUAGUUUCACUCAAAAGGCAGCAAUUGAAGUCCUAAAGCCACAGAUGCCCCACCCUUGCAAUACACACUGAUUACCUAAUGUGUUAUUGAUGCUCAGAUAGAUGGACAAUUUAUAAUUUCCAUUUCAUCUCUGUUCAGAAGUGUAAUGCGUUAAGAUUACAUAAUUACAAGCUGUUUUGAACUUACUUAUGUAAUAAAAAUUCACUAGUAAAUGUUAACAAAUUCAUUAGAUGGGAUAUAUGGAAACUUAUUUCUUAGAACAAUUUAUAGUUAUAGACAUUUUUCAAUACCAUUGUAAAUAUUUCUAAUAGUUAUUAUGGAGCAAUCUAUAGUUACAGAAAUGUUUAAAUGCCAUUGUAAAUCUUUCUUAUAGAUAUUAUUGUCUGUCUCUGACAUUUAAUUUCAAUACCCUGAAACCUGGGACAAACUUGGACCAAAUUCCGGAGUUAUUUUUUUUUUAGGAAAUUUAAUUUGUACCAUUAAAAAAAAAAUCCCCCUAUCAAUAACCAGAUCACUGACUGUCUGCUCUCAUGCUGAGAGCCCUUUUCAAUGCUUUUACUUGUACGACUCUGCCUACUUACUUCAACCGAUGAAGUGAAGACAGCCUAAUGGUUAUGGUUAAUAUGUCCGGCAACAGUAUUAAACAGAAACUCGUCCCUCUCCCCCAUAGACAACGACGAGGCCAUGACAGGAAAUUCAGGCUCAUACCAGCAAGAAGCCAGUAUAGGAGCUGCUCAUUCCUGCCCAAGACAAUCAGGGACUGGAACAAUCUUUCAAAAGGAACGGUUGAGGCGACAACACUAGACACAUUUGUGUCUAUUGCCUCAAGCCUUCAAACCCCCAGUGCAUGAUUCCCUCACAAAGUGGCACUGGAAAUCGGUGAAAUUUCCUCAUCAACACCAGGAACAGAAACAUUGCAAAUCCCAUCUACAUGCAUAGGAGCCAAAAUGAUCAAUAAAUUGAUCGUGGGCCCUUAAGAUAUAGAAGAAGAAGAAUAGGUUGACCGGCUGGUCUAUCGUCAUUUGAAUCCCUUGACCAGCUGGUCAAUGAACCUCCACCUCUCUUUGGUUUUAAAGAUUGUUAAAAUAAAUAAACACUGCAUUUAAAAACAUUGAUUCUCAGAUUGCCGGCAUCCAUCCCUACAGUGAGAGAGUCAGAUUUUGUAUCAAAUGUAUACAAGAUGGACAGAUCAAAUUUGGGACCUGUCAUUAUCUUCAACAACAAAGAUUUCCAUCCAAGAACACAAAUGGGAAAGCGCGAUGGAACUGACAGAGAUGCAGACAACAUGAAUAGUAUUUUCCAAACGAUGGGCUUCCAGGAUAUCCAGCAAUUCAAUAAUCAAACUGCUUCUGAAAUGAGAGAUAAGCUUUGGAAAGGUAAAUUAAAAUUUUAAUAAUUUUAAGUGUACUUAACAAGUUAACCAUCUGUUAGUUAUUUUCUCAUGGAUGAAAUUUAUCUAGUUAUUUUCUUAUUGAUGAAGACUAUCUAGUUAUUUACUCAUUGAUGAAGAUCAUAUAGUUCUUGUUUAUAUAGACAUGUUCAGUGGGGAUAGAAGAAACAAAACGUCAUGUGCCUUUAUUAUUUAUUUUGUCUAAGAUAUCAGUUAUAUAAAGAUGAUAGUAUUAUAUUCUGAGUGCAUAGAACCCAUUAGACUUUAGUUUUAAUAAACUAACAAACAAGGAAGGAACAUUUUCCAAUGUUUUAUUUAGGCCCAUAUCUUGUAAUGGGCUUAAAACCAAUGUAUGAAAUAUUUUUAAAAUAUAUAAGAAAGCGUUUAUCUACUCCAACAAACUGAAAAUUCCGAUAACUCCUGCGACAUAAUCACAAUGAGACACAAGAAACACUGCUGAUCAUCCACUGCCUACUGGUCUAUUUCCAGUUGUCUUGACCAUGUCUUGCCAUUGGAUCAAAUUGGCAAGCAAGAGAGAGUGAGGCUGACAAAUUGAGCAACUUUCCCUACUUUAAAAGUUUAAGCCUUGGUUAUCCCUGAAUGCAAAGGAGGAACUAUUAUAUAUAUUAAUCAGAUUGGUGAAUUCACAAGUAAUUAAACCAUCAGUUCCUCCCUUUGAAGUCAUGUUACUUCCCCUUGAAUUCAUGUUAUAUUGAUUAUUUAUUUGAACAUUUUUGUCACUAAUUUCAGUUUUAGGUAGGGCCACAUCAACAUAUUUGUUUGUGUUUUUUUAGAAUCUUUUUUUUUUUUAAAAUUUCCAGCUUCUAAAACUAUGACCACUGCCAGCAGCUGCUUUGUCUGUGUCAUUCUCACCCACGGAGAAGAGGGCUUUGUGUUUGGUACAGAUGACAAGGUCCCUAUUGAUGACCUGGUAUUGCCCUUCAAAGGAAACCACUGUCCAGCAUUAGCGGGCAAGCCAAAAAUAUUUAUCAUUCAGGUAGGCUUACAUGUGGCAUGUGAAAUGAAAUAUGUUUUAGAUUUUCUUUUCGACCAGAUAAUCUGGCAAAGCUAGAACUAUUUUUUUUGGUCUCUGUUGGCUACCAAUUUUAACACCAUGUUCUGCCGUUUGGUGGUAUUGGGUUUAUUUUUACUCCUCCCAAUGAUAGCUAGCAUUACUUGGCUAAAGAAUUCAUUCCACCGGCUAGGACAGACCCCUACAAAAAUAAUAUAAUUUAUUAUGUGGGUGAAGGAAGAAAAAAGAGAUUGAUAAACUAAAUAUAAAGUUGAUUAUUAAUUGUAUCAAAUGGGCAAGAAUGUUUUUAAAAAAAAAACAUAUAUAAUUUAACAAAAAUAAUUAUUCAACAUUCAACAAAGUAUAGAUACUAACAGAUCAACUGAAAAUUCUAAUCAACUCAAGAUUUUUAUUUUAAGCCUUAAGAAACGUUGAUUAAAUGCUAAUUUUCAAUAAUAAUUGAUUUUUAGACAACUUCAUUGAGGAUUUUUAUGCAAUCAUUUGUUUUCUCCUAACAGGCUUGCAGAGGCACAGAACUUGAUUCGGGUGUAGAAGUGGAGGACUCGGGCAUGGAAAUAGGCACUGAGAUGGAUGAGGAGGUCAUGAUCAGAAGAAUUCCAACAGAAGCUGAUUUCCUAAUGGCUUACUCCGUGGUUCCAGGUAAAAAAAAAAAAUGCAUUUCAUCUCUGUCUUAUCCAAUUUUUCAUACAUGAAGUAAUAUGAUUUACCACUUUUUUUUAUAUAUAUUUUUUUUUCUCCGGUUUUAAAUACAGAUUAAUUAUAUUUAAAACCUUCUAUGAUGUGAAGUAUGUAGAAGCAAUGGCUCCAAGUUUAUUAUCCACUUUAUAUAAUUCUAUAGAUGUGUGGGGGUGGCAGGAGUAAGUGCACAGUAUUGGGAGUUUGGUCCGGCUACGCCACUGUUUUCAUGAGGGUAGUCAAUCUUAUCCCUUGUUUACACACAGCAGGGCAGUCCUAAUCAACUGCAGAGCUUAAAGCACAUUGGACUUCUAGAAAUGACAUUGGCGGACCAUGAAUAAAUAAUUAUCUAUACAAAUAUUGAGAGAAAAAAACAAUCGUAUGGGCAGCUAGCAAGGUUGUGCUACUGAUGACUGUUAAUAGCAGUAGUAGGCAUCCAUUCAAGAGUCAUUUUAAUGUACAUACGAGGUUACAACUAUAUGUAUCUCAAUCAGUGAUAUGAUAAAUUUAGGUUAUAAAACAUUUCAAAAUGCAGAUUUCUAGAUGACACCUAAAGGGCAUUCUUGUCUGAAACCUUGAAAAGCUCAUUUCAUGAACUAUGUGAUAAAAAUUAGCCAUUGGGUAUUUUGGCAGUGUUCUAUUUGUUUUAAAGAAACAUCGCCUUGUACUACACCAUUAAGCUGGAUCAGAUGCAACAGAUAACAGAUACAAUAAACAUUAUAAAACCAAGUUUGGCUAAUGUCACAAAGUAUCACCUUACGCUCAUAAAAAUAUUUACUUAAAUGUGUCAAUGUGUCCAUGAAACAAGUUCUGCCAUCACAAGUUCACAUGAUAAGUUUAUUUAAGUCCUGAAUCUCAAUCAAAAUGUUUUAUUUGUUGAUGUAUUCAUGAAAAUUUCACCCUACGGCAUCACUACUGGCACCUAACAAUUAAAGAUUCAUUUAACUUUAGAGGUGAUCACAUUAGAUCUAAUUGUUUUUAUUGCCCAUACGCGAUUUUUAAAAAGAAAAUAUAAAUAUUCAUGUAUUUUCUCAGGUUACUUUGCUUGGAGAAACUCUGCCAAUGGCUCGUGGUUCAUUCAAGCCGUUUAUGACGUCUUUCGCAGACACUGGAAAGAUAUGGACCUCAUGACUAUGAUGACACGGGUCAAUAAAAGGGUGGCCUAUGACUUUGAGUCCAGAGCUGCAAGGGAAUUCAUGAACAGGAAGAAACAGAUACCUUGUAUAACAUCCAUGUUGACUAAAGAUGUUUAUUUCUACCCGCAGCCCAAGAGUUUAUAGAAGGGUGAGCAUCACCUCCUCAAAACUUAUUCUGAUAUAAAAUAUAGUCCUGAAGAAGUUGGUAGAUUUAGCAGUUUUGUAUUGUCAAGUCUUUUCCUAAACAAAGAGAACUGGGACAAAAUUUGUACAAAAAAAAUGUUAACAAGGAUUUAAAACUUGAAUUUGAAGAUAGGAAAAGAUUGCUAGAAUGUUAAGAAUCAUUUAACUUUUUUUUGAAGAAAAUAAAUGUGAUUAAAAGCGGACAAGGAAAUUGACAACCUCAGCCAUGACAGUGACAGUUAUUAAAAUAUUCCACCUUAAGAAAAAAAUAUGAUUGUUUAAUCGUACAUAUUUGAAGGGUAAACAAAUGUUUUCUUAAUAAUACUCAGCACUAAAGAAAUUGUUUUCUAUAUAACUUAUAUGCUAAUUUUUUCAUAAAAGAUUUUUUUCACGGAAUUCAUUCUAUAGUAUUGGGUGUAACCAGGGGUGCCAAAAUCAAACAACGGAAAGGGCCUUAUAAAAAGAUUUCUCAAAUUCCAAGAGGCUGCAGCACAUAUCCAUAUGCUAACAUUGUAUGCACAAUUUAAAAAUGUCAUUUUUACAUGAAGAAUUGUACACAGUAUUUAUAAUACUUGAAAUUGUAGUUGAAGUUUAUUUUCAACAGAGCUUUGCCCCACCAGGAAAUCAUUGUUUUGUUUUGUUAUCACAUUUUGGUAAUGAAGGGAACACUGCAGCAUAUCAUCAGCGGCAGUGACCUGUUGCAUUUACUGUUUACAUUAAGAAAUGCAGUGAGACUUGCUUAAAAAUGCAGUAAAACUUGCUUAAGAAAUGCAGUGAAACUUUUUAAAGAAAUGCAGUGAAACUUGUUAAAGAUAUGGAGUGGAACUUGCUUAAGAAAUUGAAUGAAACUUGCUUAAGAAAUGCAGUGAAACUUGUUAAAGAAACUGAGUCAAACUUGCUUUUAAGAAAUGCAGUGAAACUUGCUUAAGAAAUGCAGUGGAACUUGCUUAAGAAAUACAGUGAAACUUGUUAAAGAAAUGCAGUGAAACUUGCUUAAGAAAUGCAGUGAAACUUGUUAAAGAAAUUGAGUCAAACUUGCUUUUAGGAAAUGCAGUGAAACUUGCUUAAGAAAUGCAGUGAAACUUGCUUAAGAAAUGCAGUGAAACUUGCUUAAGAAAUGCAGUGGAACUUGCUUAAGAAAUACAGUGAAACUUGUUAAAGAAAUGCAGUGAAACUUGCUUAAGAAAUGCAGUGAAACUUGCUUAAGAAAUGCAGUGGAACUUGCUUAAGAAAUGCAGUGAAACUUGUUAAAGAAAUUGAGUGAAACUUUCUUAAGAAAUGCAGUGGAACUUGCUUAAGAAAUGCAGUGAAACUUGUUAAAGAAAUGGAGUCGAACUUGCUUAAGAAAUGCAGUGAAACUUGUUAAAGAAAUGGAGUGAAACUUGCUUAAGAAAUGCAGUGAAACUUGUUAAAGAAAUGGAGUGAAACUUGCUUAAGAAAUGUAGUGAAACUUGUUAAAGAAAUGGAGUGAAACUUUACUUGUGUUGCAUACUGAAGAGUUUAAAAAUGAAACUUUUGGGGGAAAUCCAUAUUUUGUUCUUUUAAUUACUUUUCCCCUUAACUUUUCCAGUGAUCAAAUAUUUGCUGUCAAUUUACAUCCUUAUUCACUGUGUCAAAGAUGCCUUCUUACUAUAGCACAUUACUUGCCUUCCUUAUUACUAUAGCACAUAUUAUAAUGCCUGUAUGAGAGUUUUUAUUUGGUCUGAUAUGACCAACAAAAUACUCUCACACUCAUUACGCAAAGCUCUUUUUGAAAUCCUAAUCCUAUAUUUAACUUUGCUUUUGUUUGUGUGUUACUUUCUGGCUGGGUGGCAAAAUCUUGGGACAGCUAAUGGACCCACCACCCAUCAACCUAUUGAACCGAAACUUGACACAUAGUCUCGUUGCCAAUGACAACACAUUCUAUCAAAUUUUCAGCUCCACCCCCCAGGAGAAGAUAAAGGAAAUAUGAUGCUAAUCAUUUCACAAAAUACAAUUCCUGAUAACUGCGCUGAAUGAGAUUUGGUGCGUAAUAAUUUCUCUUGUAUUUCUGAAAUAGUUGGUGAAAUAAAUAUGUGGUGUAAAAAGGGGUGGGACAUUAGAAUAUCACUGUAAAAUAAAAUAAAAUUAAAAAAUGCAUAUAAAGGAUUUAUAUGAAAAACUUUGAUUUUAGUUGUUUUUUUUUAAUAAUAGGCUGUGCUUUAGCUACUUACAUGUCAAUGUUUUCUGGUUUAUUUUGGUUUUGUGCUUAAUGGCAUCCCCUUUUCUUUCAGAACUUAUUUCUAUGCUUACAAUUCAUUUCUAAGGGCAGGAUAAUGCUUGCCAGUUCAAAUUAUAAGAACCAUGAAAAAUUACAUGAUUUCAUUUAUUUAAAAGGACUUCAUUUUAUUUGGCAUGUGCAAAGUAACUAGUUGCAAUUAGCACACUACUUUAUAACAAACAUUUCUACUGCUGCAAAACUACAUAGCCAUCUUUAGUUUGACAGUUUGUUGUGUACAUCAUAUUGCUUUUGGUUUGAGUGAUCUCAUUGAGCAGUUUUCUGCCGUAUUUUGUUUUAUAACAAGGAUUUCACAGACUAUCUGUGGGCAAUAGUUUUUUUCUUUUAGCAUAAAAGCCAAUCCAAUGGCCACAUUUCUUACAAUAAUUCCAUCUCUGCAAUAGAUUUAUAGUCGGAGUUGGCCUACACAUUGUCAAGUCUACUCAUUGUAGUACAACUAUAGUAUAGUCAGAGUUGGCCUAGUCAUUGGAGUAUGCCCAAAACAAACAUUGAAUUAAAUUGAGUAAAUGAUUUUCAACUGACAUCUAAUGCAAAACAUUGCAAUCUCUCUGAUUCACUAGUUUUUCAAAUUGUGGUUUAAAAAGCACAUCAUAAUUUAGUCCCAAGCCAUGCAUUCAUUAGUCUAGAAACUAGAAAGGAUAUUUCUCUUGAGGUAUGUACCAUAUGGGCAGAAAAAACUGAUUCACAUAACCAAAUGGACCUGAAAUCAAGGGGAAAAAAUGAAAUCUCUGGAAAAUCAGAAACAAAAGCAGCCACAUUUCAACAAGUGAAUUUAGAGGGUCACUACUUUGCAAAGCUAUCAUUUUAUGCGUUUGAAAUCAGGCUUAUUUAGACCAGGCAAAUUUACACUGUUUAAAGCCAGUUUUUAUUUAUUUUUUAUAAAUGUUACAUAUUUUUAGAAAUGAUAGAGUCUAGAGCUCUACUUAUUAAAAUACAUCCAUUAGCAUGUUUAGUCAAGUGAAAAAGAGUUGGCUGCACAAGUGAUACAGGGUUUAAAAAAGUUAGAUUUCAUUUUCAAGUAAAAGUAAAAGAAAUUAAAAGAAAUUUGGUAAAAUUGAAAGCCAGUUUAUUUUAUCAAUGAAUUGCCCAACAUGGCUUUAGACAUUAUGUAAAAAAACUUCACAGUGAAUAAGGUGAGGUCACAUGCUAAUGCAUAAUGUAGUUUCUUUAUAAAUAAAUUUAUCUUCAAUUUUAGCUCUUUUAGCAAUUGUUUGUAUGUUCAAUGAGGCUAAUGUUUUUGUGAGGUUUCUUUGCUUCAUUUAAAUGAUCAUUGAAUAAGUCAAGCAUAGAUACAAUUGAAAUUAUGAGCACACACAUCUGAUACAUGUAAACUUGUCUGAUAACACUGCUGUCCUUAGAAGGGCUCUGAAAUAGGGUAAUUGUUGCUAAAAUUGAAUUUAACAAUUAACAUGAAAGGGGUCCAUCAAACAUUUUUUUUAAUGGGGGUGGCGGGGUGUUUGUCUCUGAAUGAAAAGAAUGAUGAGAUGAAUGAGACCAUAUUUGUUUUUUGUUGACUUUGUACCGCGCUUCGAGCCUUUGGGGAUGAAGCGUGUUUUUUUAAAUGAACUUUAUUAUUAUUAUUAUAUUUGUAAAUUAUUUAAUAUUUGCAAAAUGGACGUCCUUGUAUUUGGCACCACCUGUCUUUACUUAGAUUUACUUCAAAAAUGUUCUUCAGAGAUAUUUUAUAAUCAAUAUUUUAUUUUGUUAAUCUUUUUUAAAAAUCUUUUACUGUAGCUGAAGUAUCAUUUCUUCUUCUUCUAUAUAUUAAGGGCCCACAAUCAAUUUAUUGAUUAUUGCAGGUCUAUCUAUGCUUUUUGUGACUUUAUGCUCUAAUAAAAGUCAAACUAACAUUUAAUUGCU